AUCAGUUGGAGAAGUCUCAGCAAAAGAAAUCUUAAAGGAAGACAAAAGUGAUGCAAUGAAGUUAAAAGAAGAGGUCAAAGGCACAAACUUGGAGUUCAUAGAACAAAUUGAGGCAACAGAUUUGACAGAGGAAACAAAAUCAAGGACCUUACAAGAUCAUGCAGAGCCAAAUAAGGACUUCAGUGCUUUGACCAUAACAAAUGUGUCUGAGGAAGAGAUUAAAGAAGAAACUUUGAGUCCAAAAGAAAACAUUAUUAAUGACUCUUACUCUGCAUCUACAACGGUUGUGAGUGAAGAAGCAAGCUUGAAAGAAGCUGAACCAGUAAACAACGAGCAAGUCCAAAGCUCUGAUAACAAAGAAACCUCCAAAGAAGAUCAGGAAUUUAGGGGAUCACAGACAAUAGUUUCAAAUAAGUCAAACACAGAGAAACCAUCUAAUGAAGACCUCUCUUCAUCAAUUGGAGAAGUAUCGGCAAAAGAGAGCUUAAAGGAAGACAAAAGUGAGGAUACGACGUUAAAAGAAGAGGUCAUCUUUGUAUACAAAAUCUGAAUGGUUCCCAAAAUAUUUUAUUUUGUGUCCAUUUUCAGUUGUUGACUUAGUGCUUUAUUUGUUUAAUAGGUCAAAGGCACAAAUUUGGAGUUCAU